AUGACGUCAUCUCAUCUUCGGCAGAGGAAGAAAAAGCUCUCCGUUGCACCCUUCCCUCUCCCCCUCCCCCUCCGAUCCAUUCAUCCAUUUCUUCCAUCUGAAUCCGAGGGAAUCCGGGGGCUCACAUGGCGCUCUCUUCUUCUCCGGCGAGACGUCAAAUCAUCUCUCUCUUCACAGUCCUCUUUCUCAUUUUUCUCUUCGGCAUCUCCUCUGUCUUCGCCGACGAUGUCUCUCUCGAUGACGAUUCCGCUCCCAAGUCCGGAAAUUGCAACAAUCCCUUCGAAUUGGUCAAAGUUAAGAGCUGGGUUAAUGAUGCUGAAGAUGAAACCUUUGUUGGUCUAAGCGCAAGAUUUGGGACUUUGGUGCCUUCUCAGGCUGAAGAAGAUCUCAAAUUGCCAGCUGUUUAUAUGAAUCCCAUAAAUGGCUGUUCUAGUUCUUCUUCAAAGCUAUCUGGAUCAAUUGCCUUGUCUAUACGUGGUGAGUGUGACUUCACAAUUAAGGCAGAAAUUGCACAGGCAGGGGGUGCUGCAGCCCUGUUGGUGAUAAAUGACAAAGAAGAUCUUUACAAGAUGGUCUGUUCUGAAAAAGACACUGCUCUCAAUAUUUCAAUUCCUGUUGUGAUGCUUCCCAAGUCCAGCGGAGAUGCUCUUAACAAAUUAAUAACUGACGGAAAGAGAGUGAAACUUCUAUUAUAUGCUCCAAAACGUCCAGUUGUGGACUUCUCUGUUGUGUUUUUGUGGAUGUUGGCUGUUGGAACAGUUGCAUGUGCUACCCUUUGGUCAGACAUCACUGCUGAGCAGACUGAGGAGCGCUAUAAUGAAUUAUCACCGAAGGAAUCUUCCAAUCGUGGAGCAGCCAAAGAUAACUUUGAUGAUGAAACCCUCGAUAUUAAUGUUAGGAGUGCAGUAGUAUUUGUCAUUACGGCAUCUAGUUUCUUGGUGCUGCUAUAUUUCUUUAUGUCUUCUUGGUUUGUUUGGCUGUUGAUUGUAAUGUUCUGCAUCGGUGGUGUUGAGGGAAUGCAUGCCUGUAUAUUAGGACUGCUAUUAAGAAAAGGCCGAAGUUGCGGGAAGAAGACUCUGGAUUUGCCUGUAGUAGGGGAGGUCUCUGUUCUUUCACUUGUUGUGCUGCUUUGUUGUAUAACUUUUGCUGUUGUCUGGGCCUUGAAUCGGCGUGCAUCAUAUUCUUGGAUUGGCCAAAAUAUUCUUGGUAUUGGCCUGAUGAUAACAGUCUUGCAGAUGACCCGAUUACCUAAUAUUAAGGUAGCAACAGUACUUCUUUGCUGUGCAUUUGUCUAUGACAUCUUCUGGGUGUUCAUAUCACCAGUAAUAUUCAACGAGAGUGUAAUGAUUGCGGUUGCCCGAGGGGACAAUAGUGGUGGAGAAUCCAUUCCAAUGCUCUUGAGGGUUCCUCGCACUUUUGAUCCUUGGGGUGGUUUUGAUAUGAUUGGAUUUGGGGAUAUACUUUUCCCUGGUUUGCUUGUUUCGUUUUCUCGCAGGGUUGGUUCAUCUUGACGGGGCUUCCACCUUCCAUGGUCAUGAACCAUAUUCCAGAUAAGAGUUUCGAGCCUUGACCAUACUUUUAGUGGUGUAAAAUUCCAUUCCUGGCAAAUUUCUUGAAAAUUCUUCUUUAAGGCAUUCCUCCUUGAAAUUAGGCAUGUAUUAUUGUCUGGUGGUAACUAGCAUAACUCACUAAGAUCCGUUUUGCGAUAGCAUCAAUAGAAGUUUCCUAGUCUUCUAUCAUUGACAACCAACGUUGAUCCAAAUUGACUCUCAGAUACCAAAUUGUUGUAGCCUAAAGAGAGGCUGAAGGAGAAUUCUUCAAGAAUUUAAUCCAGAUCUUUAUUAUCAAUGAAGAGGUUAUUGAUUACAAGAGGGAAACCCUUUCUUUAUAAGGAAUUUACAACAAACUAGAGGUAUUUAAAAAUAAAAUAUUGAAAAGAAACUAAAAAAUUAAGCCAAGAAUGACCCCAAUUACUAUGUAAUUCCCUACAUCAGAUGGUUUAAGGUUUUUCUUUGUCAUGGUUAUCUAUAGAUUCAUAAUGCAGACUUUUUGAUAUUUCAAUGCUGGUUGAAUGAUAGAUGGAUAUCUUAAGAUUCAUAUUUCUCCAUUAAUUUAAUCAAUUCCUCUUGUUUUUCAAAUGAUAGUUUUAGAGUAUGAACAGCAGUGAGUCAAGUCUGGUUUAACACUAAGUCGAAGCAUUUACCUGGUUAUGUUCUACAUCUCCAAUUUUUAUUGUUCAGAAGAUGCAUGAAUGCUUUAGGAUUAGUGGAGAUGUCGAAGAGCACUUCGAGGACCAUUCUUUUUUACUUUAACUUUGUUGGGGUUUCUUUUUGAAAUGCUAGCUAUCAUCUAUUAUUUUUUACUUAUGUGGAGUUUUGAUAACCUUUAUUGAUUGAAGUAAUUUUUUUUGUCUUAAUAAAAAUAACAAGCACCGAGGCUAUGCUAUGUAUGAGAGUUGAGAGGAAUAUUUUCUUAUAUUAUAUUGUGUGGGAAUUUUUUCUUUUUCUUUUUCUCUUCUUUUUUUUUUUUUUUUUUUUUUUUUUUUUGCAUAACUGAAUUGGCAA